AUGGUCGACAUUGUGCGUCCUGUCGCCGCCUCCCCUCCCUCCUCCUUGACCUUCGCGCCCACCGAGCCCUUUGGCACCACGUCGAAAUCGAACUCAAAAGCCACCUCAAUUGAACCCCGUCGCUCCGACGCUGCAUACAUGGGCGCAAACCUAGAUGCCAACGGCGCCGUCGACAAACAAACCUCGUCCCGCUCCUUCUUCUCCCGAUUCUCCUUGCCCAUUCGCACCCGCACGCGCCACGUUGCCGACUUUCACGUUCGCCCGAAUGAGCCCCAUCGUCAGUACAAUGCGGGCGACAAUGUCCGCGGCUCUGUCGUCCUGACCAUUGUCAAACCUGUUCGCAUCACCCACCUGACCGUGGCCCUGCACGGCUACGUGCGCGUCUUCAAAGGCCCCGCCAUUGCCGAGCGCGAACUCGCCAGCCCCAUCUUGACGUCUGGUCGCUCGUCGGCGCAAUACCACGGCAACGGUUACGCGUCCUUGUUCCAGGAUGAGCAGGUGCUUGCCGGCGAGGGGCGCCUGGAAGCCGCCAAGUACGAAUUCCAGUUCGACCUGCAGUUUCCCGAGAAGGGCUUGCCCAGUAGCAUCGAUUUUGAGCGUGGUACCAUCUCCUAUAUGAUCACUGCGACCCUCACGCGACCGACAACUAUCGCGCCAACGACGACGUGCGACCGAAAAAUAUCACUGGUGGAGAAGAUCGACAUUGGCCUCCUCCCCCGUCCGCGACCGCGAACUAUCUAUCUUGAACCCAUUUCCAAAAAGUCGAGAAGGAGGAAACAGCAGCAGACGGUUGUGGCACCGGCUAACACCAAUGCAAAUGGCCCAGCCGCACCAGUGGAACGACUACCUCCCACCAACGAGGCGAUCGAGCAUGCCUCGGACCACGAAUCUCACGUGGAGCGUUCCACCAUUUCAGAAGACACACAGCAAGAUGCGCAGGACAACCCGCGGAGCCCCUUGCACCAGCAACAAGAUGGUCGGUCUGAGAUAAGCGGCGACAGUGGUCUGACUUCCACCAGUGGCAUGAGCGACCGUGGCACGGAACAUCAGACGACAUCAUCGCUCGCCGCCAAUGCCAAGUUGCAGGCAGUCGACGAGAAGACAAUCACAGCAACAGUCGAGCUGUUGCGCGGAGGCGCCGUUGCGGGUGAUACAGCAACCGUCAAGGUUUCGGUCCAGCACAUCAAGCGUCUCAAAAGCAUGCAUGGCGUCAUUGUCACCAUGUACCGCCAGGGCAGGAUUGAUACUGCUCCGCCAGCGUCCUUGUUUGCUGAUAUGGUGUCCAAAGACGAUGCUCGGAAGCUGCAGAAAGAAGAAUACUACCCCAGGUCGAGAACUGGUCUUGGAGGGUUGUCUCUGUCUUCCACAACCUCACAGAGUGUCUUCCGCAAAGACUUGUCCCAAGCGGUGGCGCCCUUGAUCAUUGACCCUGCGACUAUGGAGACAACCGUCAUGGCAUCUCUCAAGGUCCCGGAGGACGCAUUUCCCACCAUCAAGGGAGUACCUGGCGAGAUGAUCAGCUUCAAGUAUCAUAUCGAGGUGCUGGUAGAUCUGGGUGGCAGGCUAGCCAAUCAACUCCAGAGCGGGGGCCAGUCUAGGGCAGUUGGGUUUUCUUCUUCCCAGCCCACUGAGGGUUACACAGCAAGAAGCGGCAAUGUGAUAGAUACAGAUCGACUGCGAAGAGAAAAGGGAGUGAUAUCCGUUGUUUUCGAACUGGUCAUGGGGACCGUCGAUAGCAGCAAAGAGCGAGGCAGGAGCAACACAUUACGGACUUAUCACGUAGAAGAAGAUGCGAUCAGCCAGGAUGAGAUCAUCAGCCCGUGGUCAGAAGGGCAUGCGGACGGCGACGAUGGGUCCAGCUAUUGGCAGCGGCCGACACCGACCAGGGGCACACGGCCGCCUGGGCCUCUGAGCCGGCAACAUACGGCAGAGGUAGCACACAUGGCGAGUCCUCUGGAUCGAGGGGAAGCACCAGCAUACGUGCCAGCGCCUGAAAUCGAGGACGAGAGCGGUCUCACAGAAAAGGAGCGGGUGCGUCGACAAGAACAGAGGUUAUUGCCGAGCCGGCCAUCAGCGGCCGAUGCAGGACCUUCUGGAGCCUCGGCGCCCGAAGCCAAUAUUUACGACGCCGACGACGGCCCACCCUCGGCACCACCAUUACACGAACCUUCCAGGACAGAAGCUAAUCACGAGCAUGACGCGCCGUCAGCGCCAACACUGGAGGACAUUGCAGGGCCGACAUCUCAUCCGACUGAGGACAAGCUUGAGGUGGAGAGGCAGCGGUUGAUGAACGAAGCAAGCGCGCCACCAGAGUUCCCGGAGGACUACGAGGCCGGACCCAGCCACCGGCCAUCAGCACCACCGGCGGAUGCGGCAGACGCGAUACCGUCGGCGCCGGUGUUGACGGACGAAGACGAAUAUGGCGGCCAGUAUAGCUACCCUGCGGGACCGUCGUCGCCGAGGGACAUCGGCUCGGGGUCGGAACAACUCCCGCGGUACGAGAGGUGA